AAUCCAAUACUAAAGUUCAAAGCUGUAUUGAACUGUGUUGUGCUUGAUAAUCUAAUCCUCGUUGCAGAAAAAAAAUCUGAUUUUCGGUAUUUGUCGCACUUUAAAUGACUUUGUAUAUGACUAUUGUGGCCUCAAAGUGCUUCAGAAGUCCGAAUCGUGCUACCGAUCUUAUCUAUUUGACAACUGCAUGAAGGCCACUACCAAAUAUUUACGUUGUAUCAACCACAAAGUUACUUUCCUUCCAGGAGAAAUUAAACUCGAAGCCAUGACCAUACAACUAAAACAGAAAGGAAUGAUGGACCGCAAGUAUAGGUAUAAUGCUGAUGAAACACUCACAGCCAAUGACUUUUCUGCCAUUGAAGUCCUUUUGACAGAGGUGUUCUCUGGCUACGGCUCAAAUGACACUCGUAAAAAUAAGCUUUGAUCAUGAUAAAGCUGUGUUUGGAAUGUUGGCAAUGAUAUGAACCGUGGCGCUAUUAUAUGCCAAAUCGUCAUUCAGUACUU